AUGGCCUCCACUGCAGCAUACCAGCCUGCUCCACAGCGCGACUCGAUCGAUGACACCGUCCUCACCCGACCUCCUCCAAACUACCAGGCUACCGGCCCCAACUGGGAAGAAGGAGGAUAUGGAGCCCCCCGGCAAGAAGACGACAAUGUGCCCGAUGAUUUCAAGUUCGGCGGCACGGUGGCCGAAGCGACCAUCGACAUCCGUAUGUCGUUCAUCCGCAAAGUGUAUAGCAUCUUGACGGUCCAACUCCUCCUGACGGCCGGAUUGUCCUCCCUCUCGUUCUUUUCCACCGGCUACCGCAACUGGAUCCAGUCCAACAGCUGGAUGAUGUGGGUGUCGUUGUUUGGCGCGAUCGGCUUCAUGCUGCUCACCUUCUGGAAACGCAAGUCGUAUCCGACCAACUUGAUCUUCCUGGCCGCCUUCACGGGGCUGGAAGCCUACAGCAUCAGCGUCGUCACUUCCUUCUUCGAGUCUCGCAUCGUCCUCGAAGCUCUGAUCCUCACCUUGGGUAUCUUUGUCGCCCUGACCCUGUUUGCCUGCCAGACCAAAUAUGACUUCACGAGCUGGAUCCCAUACCUUUUCGGUGCGUUGUGGGCGUUGAUCCUCUUCGGCUUCAUGGCCGCCUUCUUCCCACAUGGCUCGACUGUCGAACUGGUCUAUGGAGUCAUCGCCGCCCUGAUCUUCUCCGGGUACAUCCUCGUGGACACCCAGUUGGUCAUGCGCCAUUAUCACGUGGAGGAAGAGAUUGCUGCCAGCAUUAGCCUCUACCUCGACAUCUUGAACCUGUUCCUGGCCAUUCUUAGGAUCUUGAACAGCCAGAACAACAACUAA